AUGGUGAGACUGCGAUCUGUCAUCUUGCCAGGCUGUCUCUCAACCGCUGACGUGACAUCGCGAACACAUCCACGACUGUGACUGUGGAGAAGCCAUUGCAGAGGCCGCACGUCGACAGCACAGGUGCUUGGCACUUCUUCGACGGCGAUCUGCAGACAUGGCUUGUCAAAGAUGAUGGCAAGAGCUUCACUUCCGGCCAGCGUUUCAAGAAGGGCAGUCCGCAUACGGGUGCCGGAAGGAAGAGUACCGCUACACCUCCUUACCACGGUGAGUUGCAAGCACUCGCCUCUCCGUUCGUCAGAGGUUCUCCGAGUGUAUGCGUCAUGGAAGUGGCUCAUGCUUAGCUGGACCACCACCUCCUAAUUUGCAGUGCAUCGCUUUCAGACCGAGACGUUCGCAGUGCAGUCCGGCAUCCUCGCUUAUCUGAUCGACGGUCGCACAGGUACCCUGAAAGCAGGCGAGACUGUCAACAUUCCUCCCUGGCGACCUCACACGUUCUGGUCUGACGAGGCAAGCGGAGAGGAUCUAGUUGUCCACAUCACUGUCAAGGGUGGGGAUAAUCCUGGGUUCGACGAGACCUUUGUGCACAACUUUGUGAGCCUUUCACUCUGUUUGCUGAGCAGGAUCAGCUGCCGAUCCCAGAGCAACAAGAGUUGUGCGCUGAGUACCAUUUUCUAUGCUUUCAGUAUGGCUACUUGUCAUCUGUGACUCUCGCUGGCCGACCGCCCAACCCUUUCCAGGUGAGGCUGGCAUGCAAGCAAAUACCCGAAGGUGCAUGUUAUCCUCGCGACUGACAUACCUGCCGCUGCUAUCGCGGUCAUCGCAGAUGCUCAGGUUGUUGGAUCACGCUGAUGUCAUCCUCGCAGGCAUCCCCGUCACCAUUUCGAACUGGAUCAACAUCAUCUUCGGUGAGCAUCCGUCCCUGUCGAAGAGCGUGGAUGCUUUGACUGCUUCUGUGCCUUGCUCCUUGCCGCCAUUCGUGAUCUCAAUGAAACACAUAUGCGCUUCGCACAGGUCGCUGGAUCGGAGGCUACCUGCUUCGCCUUCCAACUUCUUUCAAGGAAUUUGCAGACUGA